UUAUUUUUUUCAUACUCUCACCCAAUUCUGGGCAUCAUACAAACUAAAAUAUAGUACAACAAAUCGAUCUCAAUCAAAAUGGACAACAAAGCCUUUGAGAAACACAACUCAUUGCCGCAAUUGGCUGAUUUUCAAAAUCCAGAACCAGAACAAACAGCAAUUGGGCAAAAGGAACCAGAUAAAAAAUAUAAUUAUUUAAAUUUGUAUCGCUAUUCCACAUGUUUUGAACGUUUUAUGAUGAUAUUGAGUAUGAUUAUUGCGAUGGUGGCAUCGGCUUUUAUACCAUAUUUCAUGAUCAUAUAUGGAGAGUUCACAUCUGUGUUAGUUGAUCGCACAGUUGCCGAGGGUACUUCAUCUCCCACAAUUCUAUUGCCCCUAUUUGGGGGUGGCAAAAGAUUAACAAAUGCCAGCAGAGAGGAGAAUAAUGAUGCCAUUAUCGAGGAUUCUGUGGCCUUUGGAUUGGCCAGUUUGGUUGGUUCGGUGGCCAUGUUAAUAUUGGUCACAUUGGCCAUUGAUAUAGCCAAUCGGGUGGCUCUCAAUCAAAUUGAUCGCAUACGUAAGCACUUUUUGGAGGCAAUUUUAAGACAGGAUAUAUCCUGGUAUGACACCACAUCGGGAACAAAUUUUGCCAGCAAAAUGACAGAGGACUUGGAUAAACUGAAGGAGGGCAUUGGUGAAAAGGUGGCCAUAGUUACCUUUUUGUUUAUGACCUUUAUCAUUGGCAUUGUUGCCUCAUUUGUCUAUGGCUGGAAAUUGACAUUGGUGGUACUGACUUGUUGUCCCGUCAUCAUUUUAGCCGGCAGUGUGGUGGCCAAAUUCCAAGGCAGUUUGGCCGAAAAGGAAUUCAAGGCCUAUUCAAAUGCUGGAAAUGUGGCCGAAGAGGUUUUCAGCGGCAUUCGCACUGUGUUUGCCUUUAGUGGCGAGCGAAAGGAGAACGAACGAUUUUCGAAACUAUUAAGUCCCGCCGAGGCAGUGGGCAUUAAAAAGGGUCUAUAUUCGGGCUUAGGUAGUGCCAUCAAUUGGCUGAUUAUCUACUGUUGCAUGGCCCUGGCCCUUUGGUAUGGUGUUGGACUCAUUCUGGAUGAUCGUUAUCUAGAUGAUCGCACCUAUACCCCAGCUGUCUUAGUCAUUGUACUCUUUGCCGUGAUUAUGGGUGCCCAAAAUCUUGGUUUCGCCUCACCACAUGUCGAAAGUUUGGCCGUGGCCACGGCUGCCGGACAAAAUCUCUUUAGUAUUAUUGAUCGCAAAUCGGAAAUUGAUCCCAUGUCGGAUGUGGGACAAAAACCACCGAAAAUCACAGGACGUCUACGUUUCGAGAAUAUACAUUUUCGCUAUCCGGCACGUCAAGAUGUGGAAAUUUUAAAGGGGCUCACUGUGGACGUUGAACCAGGCCAAACUGUGGCCUUCGUCGGUGCCUCGGGCUGCGGCAAGAGCACUUUAAUUCAACUAAUGCAGCGGUUCUAUGACCCCGAAGCUGGCAGCGUCAAACUGGAUGGACGAGAUCUGCGUUCACUGAAUGUGGCUUGGUUGCGUUCGCAAAUCGGUAUUGUGGGCCAGGAACCUGUUCUGUUUGCCACAACCAUUGGCGAGAAUAUACGUUAUGGUUAUCCGGAAGCCACCCAGGCGGAUAUCGAGCAGGCUGCUCGUAACGCAAAUUGCCAUGACUUUAUAUCGAAACUUCCUAAAGGCUAUGACACGCAGGUGGGCGAGAAAGGUGCCCAGAUGUCAGGUGGUCAAAAGCAACGGAUUGCCAUCGCUCGUGCAUUGGUGAGAAAUCCAAAAAUCUUAUUACUUGACGAGGCAACUUCCGCAUUGGACCCCACCUCCGAGAAGCGUGUACAGGGUGCCUUGGAAUUGGCCAGCCAGGGAAGAAGUACCCUGGUGGUGGCUCAUCGUCUCUCUACAAUUACGAAUGCCGAUAAAAUUGUCUUUGUCAAGGAUGGCAAAGUGGCCGAACAGGGUACACAUGAUGAGCUAAUGGCACAACGCGGUCUAUACUGUGAGCUGGUUAACAUUACCAAACGUAAAGAGGCCACAGAGGCAGACGAGAACCUACCCACAGAUCGUAUGUUGGUGCGGCCUGAAAAUUCCUCCUCCGAGGAGGAAGAGGAUGACGAUGAAGAAGAUGAUGGACAACCCCAAUUGGAGGUCAAUAGUAGUCGAGAAAGUGGCAUGAGGAGCAGCACUCGUCGUAAACGUCGCAACAAGAAGAAAAAGGCUGAGAAACCAAAAAUAUCCUUCCUUAAUCUCAUGAGACUUAAUGCCCCUGAAUGGCCUUUCAUGGCUGUUGGAUGCGUUGCCUCUGUUAUGCAUGGAGCAACAUUUCCACUAUUUGGUUUAUUCUUUGGUAAUUUCUUUGGCAUCUUGUCCAAUGACAAUGAUGAUUACAUACGUUCCGAGACCAUCGAUGUUUCCAUAAUAUUCAUUGGCAUUGGUUUAUUGGCCGGAUUUGGAACUAUGCUGCAGACUUAUAUGUUCACCACGGCCGGAGUAAAGAUGACCACGAGAUUGCGUAAAAAGGCAUUCCAGACAAUUGUGUCGCAGAAUAUUGCAUAUUUCGACGAUGAAAACAAUUCCGUGGGUGCCUUGUGCUCACGUUUAGCUAGUGAUUGUUCCAAUGUCCAGGGGGCCACUGGUGCUCGUGUUGGCAUUAUGUUGCAAGCUGUGGCCACAUUAUUUGUGGGUUUGGUCAUUGGAUUCGUUUUCUCGUGGCAGCAAACUCUGCUCACCAUAGUCACCUUGCCAUUGGUAUGUCUCUCUGUCUAUCUGGAGGGUCGUUUCAUUAUGAAGAGUGCCCAAUCGGCGAAGGCGGCUGUCGAGCAAGCUUCACAGGUUGCCGUCGAAGCCAUCACAAAUAUACGGACUGUCAAUGGUUUGGGCUUGGAGCGUCAGGUCUUGAGGCAGUACACUGAUCAAAUCGAUCAGGUCGAUGCUUCUUGUCGUGCGAAGGUUCGUUUCCGUGGCCUGGUCUUCUCAUUGGGUCAAGCUGCUCCCUUCCUGGCAUAUGGCAUUUCGAUGUAUUAUGGCGGAGUUUUGGUUGCCGAAGGAAGGAUGAGCUAUGAGGAUAUUAUCAAAGUGGCUGAAGCUUUGAUAUUUGGCUCUUGGAUGCUGGGUCAGGCCUUGGCCUAUGCUCCAAAUGUGAAUGAUGCCAUCUUGUCGGCUGGACGUUUGAUGCAACUCUUCCAGGCCACAAAUAAACAGCAUAAUCCGCCACAGAAUCCCUACAAUACGGCUGAGAAAUCUGAGGGUGAUAUUGUCUAUGAAAAUGUUGGCUUCGAGUAUCCCACACGCAAGGGUACACCAAUUUUACAAAAUCUGAAUCUCACCAUCAAGAAAUCAACGACAGUUGCUUUAGUUGGUCCCUCGGGUUCGGGUAAAUCGACCUGUGUACAAUUGCUCUUGCGCUACUAUGAUCCCGUCUCGGGUUCAGUGAAUCUAAGUGGUGUGGCCAGCACAGAAUUCCCCAUGGAUACGUUGCGUUCGAAAUUGGGUUUGGUUUCCCAAGAACCUGUUCUUUUCGAUCGUACCAUUGCUGAGAAUAUUGCCUAUGGCAAUAAUUUCCGCGACGAUGUGCCCAUGCAGGAGAUUAUUGAGGCUGCGAAAAAGGCAAAUAUCCAUAAUUUCAUAAGCUCCCUGCCGCAGGGCUAUGAGACGCGUCUGGGCAAGACAUCUCAGCUCUCGGGUGGACAGAAGCAACGUGUUGCCAUUGCUCGGGCUCUGGUUAGAAAUCCAAAGAUUUUAAUAUUAGAUGAGGCCACCUCUGCCUUGGAUCUGGAGAGUGAGAAAGUGGUCCAACAGGCUCUAGAUGAGGCACGUUCGGGACGCACUUGUUUAACAAUUGCCCAUCGUCUGACCACUGUGCGAAAUGCCGAUUUAAUUUGUGUCCUCAAAAAGGGCGUGGUUGUGGAGCAUGGCACACAUGAUCAUCUAAUGGCACUGAAUGGUAUUUAUGCUAAUCUCUACUUGAUGCAGCAAGUUGCAGGUUAGAUAUAGUAUACCAAAACAAAAAACAACACAAAUUUCUUGUUACGUAUUAUAUUUAUAGAGUAGAAAA